UCCUCCUCCAGAUCCCUCCUCUUCGCGGCGCCACCCUCCGCCCCUCCUCCCUCCGCCUCGUCCCCGCCGCGGCGAGCUGCUACCGCCCCCUCCGCGUCGCCAGCGAGAAGGUCGUCGGAAUCGACCUGCGGCACCACCAACUCCGCCGUCGCCGCCAUGGAAGGCGGCAAGCCGACGAUCGUCACCAACGCGCAGGGCCAGCGGACGACGCCCUCGUCGUGGGCCUACACAAGAACGGCGACCGGCCUCGUGGGGCAGAUUGAGAGGCAGGCGGUGGUGAACCCGAGAACACGUUCUUCUCGCGUGAAGCGGUUUAUUGGGAGGAAGAUGUCGGAGGUCGACGAGGAGGCGAAGCAGGUUAGUUAUAGGGUUGUGAGGGAUGAGAAUGGGAAUGUGAAGCUCGAGUGCCCGGCCAUUGGGAAGCAGUUCGCUGCUGAGGAGAUCUCGGCGCAGGUUUUGAGAAAGCUUGUGGAUGAUGCAUCCAAGUUUCUAAAUGACAAGGUUACAAAAGCAGUUGUUACAGUCCCUGCAUACUUUAAUGACUCCCAAAGAACAGCAACAAAGGAUGCAGGUCGAAUUGCUGGUUUAGAAGUUCUUCGCAUCAUCAAUGAGCCCACUGCAGCUUCCUUGGCAUAUGGGUUUGAGAAGAAAAACAAUGAAACUAUUCUAGUCUUUGAUUUGGGUGGUGGUACUUUUGAUGUUUCAGUUCUUGAAGUUGGAGACGGUGUGUUUGAGGUGCUCUCUACGUCUGGUGAUACUCACCUUGGAGGCGAUGAUUUUGACAAGAGAAUUGUUGAUUGGCUUGCCGCAGACUUUAAGAGUAAUGAAGGAAUAGAUCUCCUGAAAGAUAAGCAAGCCCUUCAGAGGCUCACAGAGACCGCAGAGAAAGCGAAAAUGGAGUUAUCAACCUUGACUCAAACUAAUAUCAGUCUACCAUUCAUUACUGCAACUGCUGAUGGUCCCAAACACAUCGAGACAACCCUUACUAGGGUUAAAUUCGAAGAGCUUUGUUCAGAUCUUCUUGAUAGGCUUAAAACACCUGUUGACAAUGCUCUGAGAGAUGCAAAACUCUCAUUCAAGGAUCUGGAUGAGAUUAUUCUUGUCGGAGGGUCAACACGUAUUCCAGCUGUUCAAGAACUUGUCAAGAAGAUGACAGGAAAAAAUCCCAAUGUAACCGUCAACCCUGAUGAAGUGGUUGCUCUCGGCGCUGCGGUCCAGGCAGGAGUAUUGGCUGGAGAUGUCAGCGACAUAGUUCUUCUAGAUGUCACACCCUUAUCUCUUGGUUUGGAGACCUUGGGUGGCGUUAUGACGAAGAUCAUCCCUAGGAACACAACUCUCCCUACCUCUAAGUCGGAGGUUUUCUCUACAGCUGCUGAUGGUCAGACAAGCGUAGAGAUCAAUGUUCUUCAGGGUGAGAGAGAGUUUGUGAGGGAUAACAAGUCCCUAGGAAGUUUCCGCCUCGAUGGCAUUCCUCCAGCUCCUCGAGGUGUACCGCAGAUUGAGGUCAAGUUUGAUAUUGAUGCUAACGGUAUCCUUUCCGUUACUGCUGUGGACAAGGGAACCGGGAAGAAGCAAGAUAUCACUAUUACUGGAGCCAGCACGUUGCCGAGCGACGAGGUCGAUAGGAUGGUGAAGGAAGCUGAGAAAUUUGCGGCAGAGGACAAGAAAAGGAGAGACGCCAUCGACACCAAGAACCAAGCAGACUCUGUCGUCUACCAAACUGAGAAGCAAUUGAAAGAGCUCGGCGACAAAGCCCCUGCCGCCGUGAAGGAGAAAGUGGAAUCCAAGCUUACCGAGCUCAAGGACGCCAUGUCUAACGGCUCAACCGAAGAGAUGAAAGCUGCCAUGACUGCUUUGAACAGGAAGUGAUGCAGCUUGCAGUCGCUGUACAGCCAGCCCGGUCCGCCAGCCGGGCCGGGACCCACGCCCGGAGCCGAGGCUGGGGCCCGACGAUAAAGGGGCGGCCGGAGGGACGUGAUUGACGCAGAUUUUACCGAGUAGCCAAUGAAGAAGAGAGCAGAGUGGGUAGAGGGGGGUAAGUUUUGUCUCCCCAUCUCUGAUGUAUAUAGUAAAUAGAUGUGAGAUGGGGGUGUGAAUGCGCUUCGACUCUUUUUCCCUCGGUUUGGUUGCAUGUUGUGAAAUUUUGAUACCAAUAAGAAUCAGCUGGAAGCAAGAAUCUAUUGUAAAGAGGUACAGUAAUCUGUAGCAGCGUCCGUGUUCCUUUAUGUGGUGUUUUGAUAUGUAACAUGCGCACGAACAAAGAGAUGGUGAUCUUAUAUAAACAUAUACUUGCUGAUGAAAA